GUUUUGUAAUCCUACCAUGACACACCUAGCGUGGCCCUCAUUAUAUCUGUCAUUAUAGAACCUCGUGCCAUAAUAAGCCCUGAUGAAGAAUGUGGAAGUUGGGGUGAGGGGAGAAGCAAGCAGGCAGCAGAAAAAUGUCGGAACGGGACAGUUGUGAGAAGAAGCCUUUGAAACAUCCCAAGAAGCAAGCAAAGGAAACAGAUGAGGAAGGCAAAGCUUUCAAGUGAAAACAGGAGGAGGAGCAAAACUAACUGGAUGAGUUGAAGGCAAAAGCUGCUGGCAAAGGCCCACUGAUUGGAGGUGGGAUUAGGAAAUCUGGUAAGAAGGAGCAGAUUUGA